GUCCCGAUGCCGCUAAGCCCCGGGCAGGGCCCCCGCGUCGACAACUUUUAGUUAUUCGCGAACGUAGUUAACGUGAAAACCUUACCGCACGCCCGGGAAGUGUAAUGGUGCUCGUUAUUUCCCCCAAGUUUACCUCUCAAGUGCCCAGUUUUUGGUGAAAUAAACCGUAUCUACACACUGAAAACAUUCAGUUGUAAACAAUUCAUCGAGCCCUCGACAUUGAAUUACGACAAUUAAAAUUGCUGUUAUUUUCAUCGACUUUCUGUGUGAUUGCUCCGAACCAGGAAUUUUUUCCGGCUACACAACGACCAAUUCAUCAUUAUUUUUUGGAUAAAUUCACCGAACCGAGGAAGGGGCGCAGUAUGAGCCCGGCGCUGGACAACGCGCCCUACCCCAACGAACUAAUAACAUCCUGGUGGACGAUUAUACACCGUUGCGGAUCAACAGAUACCGAGGUGGCACUGAAAUACAAAAGAGAAUGACUCAGAGGGAGGAUGUGCUCAAGUUUGAGCAGGGGAGGAUAAAGGCCCUGCAGGAGGAGCGUCUGCAUAUUCAAAAGAAGACAUUCACAAAAUGGAUAAACUCUUUUUUGCUGAAGGCACGAAUGGAAGUGGAGGAUCUGUUCACAGAUCUAGCGGACGGUAAGAAACUACUGAAACUCCUGGAAAUCAUAUCCGGUGAAAGACUGGCAAAGCCGAACAAUGGACGCAUGCGAGUACACAAGAUCGAGAACGUGAACAAGUCCCUGGCGUUCCUCCACACAAAGGUGAGAUUGGAGAGUAUUGGAGCUGAGGAUAUUGUUGAUGGGAAUCCAAGGCUGAUACUUGGGCUCAUAUGGACGAUAAUUCUUCGAUUUCAAAUACAAGAAAUUGAGAUUGAUGUUGAUGAGGAGAAUGAGAGCAGUGAGAAGAAGUCGGCGAAGGAUGCGUUGUUGCUCUGGUGUCAAAGGAAGACUAAUGGAUAUCCAGAUGUCAAUAUUCAAGACUUUACAGGCUCCUGGCGAAGUGGUCUGGGCUUCAACGCCCUCAUCCACGCUCACCGCCCGGACCUGGUCACCUGGUCCGAACUCCAACAAGGAAAGCACAUUGACAAUCUCAACUACGCCUUCGACGUCGCCAAUUCCGAGCUCGGGAUACCGCGACUGCUGGACGCCGAGGACGUUGACACCGCUCGCCCCGACGAAAAAUCAAUCAUCACCUACGUCGCCUCCUACUAUCACACCUUCGCCCGAAUGAAGAAUGAGAUAAAAUCCGGCAAAAGAAUAGCCAACAUCGUCGGCCAAAUGAUGGACGCUGACAAAAUGAAAAUUCACUACGAAAAACUUACUGCGAACCUCCUUGAAUGGAUAAAGCACAAAAUAACGGUGCUGGAGAAUCGAAAUUUUCCCAAUUCACUGGAGGGUAUCCAGCGCGAAUUACUAGGAUUUAAGCAGUACCGUACAGUUGAGAAACCGCCAAAGUAUAAAGAACGUUCGGAAAUCGAGGCCUUGUACUUCCACAUAAAUACGCAGUUAAAAUCCCUCAAUCAGCCGGCAUUUAUCCCCCAAGAGGGCCAACUGGUGCAGGACAUUGAGAGAAAUUGGGUGGAACUAGAACGCGCCGAGCACCGACGAGAGGUCGCCUUGCGCACAGAACUGCUUCGCCAAGAGCGACUCGAGCAGUUGAACUACAAAUUCGAGAAGAAAAGUGUGCUGCGCGAGGGCUACCUCAAAGAAAUGAUUCAAGUUCUCUCGGACCCCCGAUACGGCAGCAAUUUGGCCCAAGUAGACGCAACAGUGAAGAAACACGAGGCGAUAAGCGCCGACAUACUGGCCCGUGAGGAGAGGUUCCACGACUUGACGAACAUGUCUGAAGAGCUCGUCAGGGAGAAUUACCAUGGGCUCGAGCGGGUGCGAUCGCGCGAGCAAGAAGUAUUAGAGAGAUGGAAAGAGCUUCUGGCCCUCCUCGAUCACCACAAAUCCAAUUUAGCAGCCCUGUGCUCGCUGAUGUCCCUCAUGAGAGAAAUCGACACGACAUUGGCGACGAUCCAAGAGCUCCAGCUGAACUUCCAAAGCACUGAUGUUGGCCCACACCUGCUGGGGGUGGAGGACCUCCUCCAGAAGCACAGCCUGCAAGAGCUCCAGGUGACAGCCCUCGGCGAGACCCAACGACGAUUAGGCAGACAAGCUGCCCAGCAUUUGGCGCAGCCACUGAGCAAAGAGGCUCCGUUACUCCAGCAAAAACUCGAAAGACUCAACAGCACUUACGACGAUCUCGUUGAGAAUAGCAAGGAGAGAAAGGCGCGUUUGGAGGACGCUAGGAAUUUCUUUCAUUUCUUGCAGGAUCACGAGGACGAGGAGUCGUGGUUAGUUGAAAAACAGCGUAUUUGUAAAGCUGGCAUUUCAGCUAAGGAUUUACGAGCUGUCAUAUCUCUCCAGCAGAAACACAAGGCUUUGCAGGAUGAGAUUAAAGUGCGCAGACCGAAAUCCGAGCAGCUGUGCAGCGCUGGAAAGAAAUUGAUUGGUGAUAAUCAUCCAUCAUCGCUGGAGAUACAGAAUAGAAUUGAGUCGUUGCAGGAGCACUGGAAGGUGCUCGAGGAAUUGGCAGCGCUGCGUAAAAAACAGUUGGACGAUGCUGCUGAGGCUUUCCAGUACUACGCCGAUGCCAACGAGGCUGACUCGUGGAUGAAUGAGAAGAUGGCACUGGUGGCUUCUGAAGACUACGGAGUUGACGAGCCCAGUGCUCAAGCACUGCUCCAGAGGCACAAAGAUCUGGAGGGCGAGCUGAAUGCGUACAAAGGUGACGUUCAAUCGUUGAACAGUCAGGCUGACAAGUUGGUUAGAGCUGGGAUAUCUGCUCUGGAGCUUUCAGCAGAUCCAGAGCCAGUUGCUGAGCUUGAGCAGGAGGAGUGGAGCAAGGAGGUCCGUCUGGUACCCCAGGACGAGUGGGUGGACGAAAUCAUCGAGCGUAUCGAGCCCAAGACCAUUCUCGAGGACAGAUUGUUCCCACAGGUGAAGAGCUUGUACCCAUUCAGUGGCCAGGGUACGCACAUGGUCAAGGGCGAAGUCAUGUUCCUCAUGAAUAAAACGAAUACCGACUGGUGGAAUGUCAGAAAGGCCGACGGCUCGGACGGCUACGUUCCCGCUAAUUAUGUCCGCGAAAUUGAGCCCAAAGUAAUACAGGUGCAAGUCAAGAGGCCGGAGAAGGUGCGUGUGACACAGCGAGUGAAGAAAACAAAAAUGGUUAAUCAAGUGAUACCAGUUAGGAGAGUUAAAUCGAUAAAAUCAACAGUCAAGCCGAUAAAACGUAAGGCUGUUAACGACAGUGAUAAUGUUGAAAAAAGACAGAAAAGAAUCAACGACACGUACAAUGAGCUUUGUCAAUUAUCAACGAAACGUCACGCCUUGUUGGAGGAUGCCAUCAGGCUUUACGGCUUCUACCGCGAGUGCGAUGACUUUGAGAAAUGGAUUAAAGAUAAGGAGAAGAUGCUGCGCGCCGACGACUCCAAGGAUAACGUUGAGACAGCCAAGAGAAAAUACGAAAAAUUCUUGACAGAUCUGUCGGCCUCUGGGAAGCGAGUUGAGGCCAUUGAUGCUGCUGUUGAUGAUUUUGUUAAGCAAGGUCACAGUCAGUUGGACAAAGUUAAAGCGAGACAGAGGCACAUUCACCAGCUGUGGGAUCACCUCAAUUGGCUGAAAGCGCAGAAGGAAAAAUCAUUGGAAGGUGCAUCGAGUGUUGAGUUGUUCAAUCGAACGUGCGACGAGGCGCACGAUUGGAUGCUGGAGAAAAUAACUCAAUUGGACACUGCGGAGUUGGGGCCAGACUUGAAGACGGUUCAGGCACUUCAGCGCAGGCACCAGCAUUUAGAGAGAGAGCUGGCUCCUGUGGAGGAAAAAGUGCGCAAAGUUAAUCUACUCGCCAAUAGUGUCAAGUCUUCUUAUCCAAAUGAGCAUGAUAACGUCAAUGCGAGGCAGAAUGAGAUCAAGGAAUUGUGGCAUAAAGUGCAGACCAAGGCGAAGGAGCGCAGAUCGAGACUGGAGGAUGCUGUGGGACAGCAAAUUUUCAUGAACAGCUCGAAGAGUCUCAUUCACUGGGCAACUGACGUUCAAGAAGCUAUGAAAGCUGAAGAGCCAGUUCGUGAUGUUGCCACUGCUGAAAAACUCCAGAAACAACACACGGAGCUCGGUGAAGAGGUAAAAACACGAGAGGAUGAGUUCAGGGAAGUGGAGGAUCUGGGUAAUCAGCUGCUCCACAGAAAUCCAGCUCUGCAUGAGGUGCGCGAGCGUUUGGAUAAAUUACAUGGGCUUUACCAGGCAGUCACGUCAAAUUGGAAUGCCAAGGAGGAGUGGCUGCGCCAGUGUCUGGAAUUGCAGCAAUUUAAUCGGGAGGCUGAUCAGAUCGAGGCCACCACGAGCUCCCACGAGGUGUUUCUGGAGUUUACGAAUCUUGGGGAGUCUCUUGAUGAUGUCGAAGCACUGCUCAAGCAGCAUGAGAAGUUUGAGAAUACCCUGCAUGCGCAGGAUGAGCGACUCAAGGCUUUCAGUGAUACUGCUGAUCGAUUGAUUGCGCAGAAUCAUUAUGACAGGGAUUAUGUCAAUGAUAAGAGGGAUCAAGUGCUCUCUAGGAGAGCUGCUGUCAAGGAUGAGGCGCAGGCGCGGAGAGCUGCACUCAAGGCUUCGGAAAAUUAUCAACAAUUUUGCGCGGAAGUUGAUGAUCUCAGGGAUUGGCUGGGGGACAAGAUGAAGGUUGCGUCGGACGAGAGCUACAGGGAUUUGAAUAAUCUGGAGAGGAAACUGCAGAAACACGAGGCGUUCGAGAGAGAACUGAGGGCCAAUGAGGGGCAACUGCGAGCUGUUAAUAAAGCUGGCAAAGCUCUCAUCUCGGAGCAGAAUUAUCGGUCCAGUGAUGUUGGAGAUACGCUGAAGGAUCUGAAUGAUCAGUGGGGCCAGUUGGUUUCUCUGUCGCUGGAGAAAGGGAGAAGGCUGCGGCAGGCUGCCUCGCAGCAUGGCUACAACAGGACCAUGGAGGACGCUAGGCUGAAGUUGGAGGAAAUUGAGAACUCGUUGCAGAGUAAACAAGUUGGUACGGAUUUGAGGAGCUGCAAGGAGCUGCUCAAGAAGCAUCAGAUUUUGGAGACUGAUAUGUGCCAGUGGGAGCAGAAGGUCGAUGAUCUCGUGGCCAUGGGCGAGGAGAUGGCGCAUGAGGGACAUUUUGAUGCGCCCAAUAUUUUGAAGACUAGCCAAGCGACGCAGAAGAAGUUUCGCAGUCUGAAAGAGCCAGCUAGAAAGCGACGAGACGCUUUGGAGGAGAGCCUUCGUUUCCAUAAAUUUGGAUUUGAACUUGAUGCAGAGUUGCAAUGGAUCAAGGACCACUACCCUCAGGCAUCGUCAACAACUCUUGGCCAAAAUCUUCAUCAAGCCCAGACUCUCCACAAGAAGCAUAAGAAGUUGGAAGCUGAAAUAGUUGGUCAUCAACCGAUGAUCGAUAAGACUCUGGCGACAGGGCAAUCACUCAUCGACCAGACUCACCCAGAACGAAAAAAGAUUCAAGAGCUCUGCGAGGAGUUGGAUGAGGCUUGGAAGGACCUCCAGGAGAAAGGACUAGAGCGCAGUCGUGCCCUGGACCUCUCGCUCAGAGCUCAAGAAUUUUUCUUCGAAGCGGGAGAGGUCGAGAGUUGGUUGGGCGAAAAGAACGACGUCCUGAGCUCAACGGAUUACGGAAGAGAUCGCGAUGCUGCGACAAAAUUACUCACAAAGCACAAGGCCAUGGAACUAGAAUUAGACUCUUACAACGGCAUCGUAACAGAAAUGGGUCACACAGCGGGUGCUAUGGUAAACGCCAAGCAUCCUGAUAGCAAAGCCAUUGCUAACAAACAGCAAGUGAUUGCCCAGCAGAUGAGGGCACUCCAGAGACUGGCGACGACUAGACAGCAACGAUUGAUGGAGAGCAUGUAUCGACACGAGUACUUCCUCGAGAGUAGAGAACUGGAACAGUGGAUCAAGGAGCAGGAGCAAGCCGCUGCCUCGGAGGAUUAUGGACAGGAUUACGAGCAUUUACUCAUUCUCCAAGCGAAAUUCGAUGAUUUCAAGCACAGAAUCGAGGCGGGCUCUGAGCGAUUCAAUCAGUGUGAGGAAUUGGCUAAAAAAUUGAUCACUAAUGAGAGUCCGUAUAUUCAAGACAUCGAGAAACGUCAGGAACAACUUGGAGGUGAUGAGGAUAACCCUGUUGCUCAGGUACAGAGACUGCAUCAGCAUAUGCGGGAAUCCUGGCAGCACCUCCUGGGUUUAAUUCGUCACCGCGAGCAGCGUCUGCAGGCAGCUGGAGAAAUUCACAGAUUCCAUCGUGACGUUGCCGAAGCCCUCUCUCGCAUCCAGGAGAAGGAGGCAGCCCUCCCCGAAGACCUAGGACGUGACCUGAAUUCCGUAUUAGCUCUCAUCAGACGUCACGAGGGUUUCGAAAACGAUUUGGUAGCCCUCGAGGCCCAACUCCAGGUCCUGGUGGAAGACGCCUCCAGACUCCAAGCCCUGUAUCCCGGAAACAACGCAGCUCACAUCGAUCAGCAGCAGCAGAUUGUCUUGGCAAACUGGGAGGAACUGAAGGAAAAAUCAGCUCACAGAAGGGACCAGCUGCAGGCAAGCUGCGAUCUCCAACGAUUCUUGACUCAAGUUCGUGACUUGAUGAAUUGGGCUGCUGGCUUACGUGCUGCACUCUCCACCGAAGACAAAGUUCGUGAUGCCGCGAGUGCCCAGACACUGAAAGCAGAGCACGAAGGGAUCAAAGGUGAAAUCGAAGCAAGGGAGGACAGUUUCAGUGCUGUACUCGAUUUGGGGGAAGCAAUGGUGCAAACAGGUCACUACGCAGCUCCAGAGGUCGAAGAAAAGUGCAACCAGUUAUUGGACGAACGUCAGAAGCUCCACACAGCCUGGCAGCAGAAGAAAGUCCACCUGGAUCAGCUGAUAGAUCUCCAUUUUUUCCUCAGGGAUGCAAAACAACUGGACAAUUUGUCAGCUACCCAAGAGGCUGCUCUGAGCAACGACAAUUUUGGUGUGUCUGUUGAAGAAGUCGAUGUGCAGAUGAAAAAGCACAACGAAUUUGAGAAGCUUCUGGUCACACAGGACGAGAAACUGGCAGCUCUGCAGGAGCACGGGGACAAGCUCCUGGCUCAAAGCCAUUUUGAUUCCCCAAAGAUUGCGAGCAGACUGCGUGAAGUCUCUGAGAAGCGUGCCAAGAUCCGAGAUUUGUGCGAUGGGAGGAGAAAGAGGCUGGCUGCUAGCCUUCUGCAUGCCCAGUUUAUAAGAGACGUUGGUGAGGCUGAAUCGUGGAUCGGUGAGAAGCAGAAGAAACUCGAGGCCGAGGCGUCGAAGGGUGAAGUCUCCAGUCUAGAGGACAAAAUUAAGAAACUGCAGAAGCACCAGGCAUUCCAGGCCGAGUUGGCAGCGAACCAGAGCAGGAUCGAGGAGAUUCGCACCAAGGGGGAACAAUUAUUGGCUCAGAAGCAUCCAUCGGGUGGGGAAAUUCGAGCCCAGUUGGAUCAGCUCCACGGUACCUGGAGGAAACUCCUGCUAGUCUCUGGCAAUCGAGGAAGGGGUCUGGAGGAAGCUCAAGACAUGCUGGAAUUCAACAAUCAGGUGGAGAAGAUCGAGGCCUGGAUUCGAGACAAGGAGAUGAUGGUCCAGGCUGGAGAUACUGGCAAGGAUUACGAGCACUGCCUGAGUCUCCAGAGGAAGCUGGACGACGUCGACAGUGACAUGAGGGUCGAUGAUACCAGAAUCAAGACAAUCAAUGCACUGGCAGACAAAUUGAUAAAGCAGGGCCAUGACGACGAGUCCAAACCGAUUCAACAGCGCAGGGAUAAUUUCAAUAACAAGUGGAAAGGCCUGCAGGGGGCACUGAGCGAUUACAGAGACAUUCUCGCUGGUGCCCUGGAGAUUCACCUGUUCAAUCGUGAUAUCGAUGACACCAGUCAGCGAGUCAUCGAAAAAUCCCUCGUGAUGAAUACUCAAGACGUUGGAAAGGAUUUGGCAGCUGUUGAACAUCUCCAGAGAAAGCAGGAGGCGAUGGAACGAGAUAUGACAGCUAUCGAGGGCAAGUUGAAGGAGCAUCGAGCAGAAGCGGAAGAGCUCUCUCGAAAAUAUCCAGAAAAUGCACCUGAGAUAAAGGCAAUGCUGCACAAUCUACAAUCGAACUGGGAUGACCUGCAGCAUCUGACGAAGCACAGGCGUGACGCAUUGAACCAGGCGUAUACCCUCCAUAAAUUCCUGGCCGAUUUGCAUGAGGUCGAAAUCUGGGUUAAUGACACAAUCAAACGAAUGAACGAGUCUGAAGCUCCCACGACAAUUUCGGAAGCUGAAGCCCUGCUGGAGCUCCAUCAAGAGCGAAAAGCUGAGAUCGAUGGACGACAGGACACAAUUAAAUUGCUGAAUGAACAUGGAAAAAAAUUAGUGGAGAUUGAUUCUGAUGUCAAGGGAAGUUUAGAGUAUUUGGAGCAAUUGAGAACUGGUUUGAUUAGAGCUUGGGAGGAGAGGAGGGAGAAGCUCCUGCAGGCUUACCACCUGCAGCAGUUUAAGGAGCAGGCUGAUCAGGCUGACAGCUGGCUAGCAACUAAAGAAGCAUUCCUCAACAACGACGACCUCGGGGAGUCCUUGACAGGUGUGGAGACUCUCAUAAGGAAGCAUGGGGAGUUUGAGAAAAUGCUGACAUCGCAACUGGGAAGAAUCGAUGAAUUGGAGACUUUCGCUAACGAAAUUCUAGCGGCAAAUCCCUCUGAUUCAGCUAUUAUCAGACAGAGAUUGGGUACAGUGUGCGGUAGACGAGAUAAAUUGAAGAAUAACGCUGCAGGGAGGAUGAAGAAGUUGAUAGAGAGUCGACAGCUGCAUCAAUUUCUUCGUAAUAUCUACGAGGUGGAAGGCUGGCUGCAUCAGAAGCAGCAAGUCGCUGGUGACGAGAGCUACCGAGAUCCCACGAAUCUCCAGAGUAAAAUUCAGAAACACGUCGCAUUCGAGAGCGAGUUGAUGGCGAAUCGAGGGAGAAUCGCGGGCAUAAUGAGCGAAGGUGAGAGUCUCAUCGAGAACGAGCAUUACGCGUCCAAAGAAAUCCAGGACAGACUCGAAGAUUUGGAGUCCGAGUGGAGGAUUCUCCAGCAGACCAGUGAGCUCAAGAAAAAUCGACUCAACGAUGCGUAUCAAGCUCUCCUGUUUGGCCGAACUUUGGACGAAUUCGAGACCUGGAUGGACGAAAUUGAGGUGCAACUGCAGUCUGAGGAUCACGGUAAAGAUCUGUCUAGCAUCGCGAAUUUAUUGAAACGUCACACAAACCUGGAGAACGAUGUGCUUGGCCACAACGAGGCUUGCGAAUCCAUCAAGGAGACUGCUGUGAGCUUCCAGAAGACGAAGCACUUCAUGUGCGACGAAAUUCAGGAGAGAGCACAGGCCUGCAUCAGUCGUUACCACAGCCUGCAGGAGCCAAUCCAAAUUAGACGAGACAAUCUUGAAGAUGCUAAGCUACUCCACCAGUUCCUGAGAGACGUCGAAGACGAAUUGCACUGGUUAACAGAGAAGGAGCCCUUGGCUGCCAGCAACGACCUGGGCAGCUCUCUGAUGACAGUUCAAAGGCUGCAGAAGAAGCAUCAAGCCCUCGAGGCUGAGUUAAUAUCACGAGAGCCAGUGGUUGCUUCACUGGCUGCACGAGCUGCAGGCAUGGUGAGGAGUGGACACUUUGCCAGUGAAAAAAUUGAAUCAGCUGCGCAGCAACUGCAGAAUAAGUUGUCACACCUCCGAGAUCUCGCCAGUGUUCGUAAGCUGAGGCUUCUGGACGCUGUUGAGUCGCAGAUGUUUUAUGCCGAGGCAAGCGAAGCUGAGCAGUGGAUUAAAGAGAAAUAUCCGCAGUUGAGAUCCACUGAUUAUGGGAAAGACGAGGACUCUGUGCAGUCGCUGCUGAAGAAGCUCGAGGGCCUCGACCGUGAUCUCUCCUCCUUCGAGAGUAAUGUUGAGAAUUUGAAGAAAUUGUCGGCAGGAUUGAUUAAUAGACACCACUUUGACAGCAAAAAUAUUGGGCAGAAGCAGAAGGAGAUUGAGCAAAAGUUCGCUGAGCUCAAUAAAUUCAAGGAUCUGCGGCUUCACAGGCUGCUGGAGAGUGAGAAGUUAUUCAAGUUUAUGCGACAAGCUGACGAGGUCAUAGAAUGGAUCAGUGAUCAGACGAUAGUUGCAGCUUCAGAGGACUACGGAUCAGACGUUGAGCACGUUGAACUCCUCAUUCAAAUUUUCGAUAACUUCUUGGCAGGACUGACCACCAGUGAGCACCGCAUACUAGCAGUGAUUGACGCCGGCGAGACUCUGAUCAAGGAGCAGAACCCAGAGGCCAGUAAAAUUCGUGGCAAGAUCGACGAGACCAAGCAACAGUGGGACGACCUGAAGGAGCUGGCCCAUGCGAGGCAGGAGGCACUGGCUGGGGCUAAACAAGUGCACAUGUUUGAUCGAACAGCGGAUGAAACAAUCACCUGGAUCCAGGAGAAGGAGGCGAGCCUCAGUUCCGAUGGAUAUGGACACGAUCUGGAGACAAUUCAGGCUCUAGUGAGGAAGCACCAAGGAUUCGAGACAGAUCUGGCAGCUGUUAAAGAGCAAGUUGAGUCAGUGAUGGCUGAGGCUUCGCGAUUAGCUGAAUUAUUCCCAGACGCCAGAGAGCACAUUGCAGUUAAACACGAAGAGGCCGACGAGUCCUGGACCGAUCUUCUGGAGAAAGCUGCACAGAGACGAAGUAAAUUAGCCCAAGCUGAGCAGCUCGAAACUUACUUCGAUGAGUACAGAGACCUCGUCUUCUGGAUCAACGAAAUGGUGGCCAAAGUGACAGCUCCCGAGCUGGCGCGCGAUGUACCAGGUGCUGAGAUCCUCAUAUCGAGGCACAAUGAGUACAAAGUGGAGAUUGACUCGCGUCAGGAUGCAUUCAGUAAAUUCCAUCUAGUCGGUCAGGGUCUGAUUGAGCACGGCCACUUCUUAGCUAAAGAAAUUCAGGAGAAAAUUUCGGUACUCGAGCAGAGGAAGAACGUGCUGACAGCCACUUGGGAGCAGAGGCGACUGAUCUACGAGCAGAAUCUCGACACUCAGAUGUUCAAGCGCGAGGCAGAAACCCUGGAGAACUGGAUAAUAAGCAGAGAGCCGAUGCUGCACGAUGGCAAUCUUGGCGAGACAAUUCCUCAGGUCGAGGACUUGAUACGCAAACACGAGGACUUUGAGAAAACUAUAGAGGCACAGGAGGAUAAAUUCGAGGCGUUGAAACGAAUAACAAUGCUGGAGCAUGCUUUCCGGAAACAGCAGGAGGCUGAAGUGGCAGCUAGACAGGCUGAGAAGGAGAGAGUGGAGCGUGCGAGGAUUGAAGAGCGCAAACGAAAGGAGGUCCAGAGGAUCACAGAAGAGCGUAAACGUGAGGAGGAGCGCAGAAGGAUUCAGGACAGCCCCCAUCACCGACCUCACGACGAAAUAAACGGCAAAUCUGACGACCACGAGUCCUCGAGCACACUGUCCCCAUUGAAGAACAGCAACGCCACUUCGGAAGUUGUUGAAGUCUCCGGGCACAAAUCCCACGGUUUUUCCCAUGUGUUCGGCGAUCGGUUGAAGCGUACAACACCAGACAUCAAGCGAGCUGAGAGCAUGAAAGUGGACACGAAGAAACCGAAGCGAACGCCCAGCUUCACCACUCGCAGACGCACUCAGAGCUUCAGAAAGCACCAAAAGAUGGAGAAUAUGGAUCCUCUGAGGCCAGUCGAGAUCCAGGGCCUCUUGGAGCGCAAACACGAGCUGCAGAGUGGAGGUAAAAAGGCAGCUGUAAGAUCGUGGAAGCAGUACUUUACGGUUUUGUGUGGACAGCUGCUGUGCUUCUUCAAGGAUCACAGUGAUUUUUCGUUGAGCAAAGCCGCCACAGCACCCAUUACGAUAUUCAAUGCAACGUGCGAAAAAGCUGAGGAUUAUACCAAACGAAAGCAUGUGUUUAGGUUGAAGUGCACUGAUGGCUCGGAAUUUCUGUUUCUUGCUGCCAACGACCAGGAGAUGGAGGACUGGGUCAAUAAGAUUUCGUUCCAUGCCAAAUUGCCACCGAGUCUGCAGCUGCUGAGGUACGACGAGACGCAGAAGGAUGGGGCAGAGAGACUCCAGAGCCAAACGCCUGAUAUCAUUGGCGAUGAGAAUGCCUCCACCGAGAGCAGUCGAGCCUCAACUCCAGAAUUAGAGAGGAAGAAUUCUGUGAUUCGUCGGGAUGUCACUGAACACUCGAAUGUUCAGGUGGAGUUCCUGCAGAAGCACAGGCAGAGUCAGCAGAUGAGGGAGCCCAAGUCUCCGGAGUUUGUCGAGCCACCCAGGAUACCUGAGUCGCUGACGCAAACUGAGUUCUUGCAGAAGCACAGGCAGCAGCAGCUGCUGAGCCAGCAGCUCCUCCAGCAGGAGCAGUUGGCGAUUCAGAGGGAUUAUCAGUCACCUCCGGGGGAGAAACCACCUAUUCCGCCCAGGGGGGCACCUCCUCCUGUCCCAGCGAGGUCGCCGAGCUCUGAAAAUGUCCUGCCAAUGAGGAGAAAUGACGUUGAACAUCAUAUGCCGGUCAACAGACCUCAGUCCUACCAGCAGAGAAGUGCUACGUUAAAUUAUAAUGGGUCGGGACAGCAUGUAGCUGCGGAUAACUGGCAUCGACAGAGCAGCGUGGAUUUCACGUCUUCUCCAGAUUUUGUAGAAGUAGCACCUCCCCUGCCAUCAAGUGCUCCGCCGCCACCCAGGAUGGCACAAUGGAACACUCAUGACCCCGGAUAUGGGAAUACAAAUCUCAACGUCAGACAGACUGGACAACAGCAACUCAAUUCAUUCACGGGCCGUCCAACUUCGCUACCACCGUAUGUGGCCCCACCGCCAGCCAUUUCUCCAGUAACUCAAAGUAUCUCCGUUGUUGAUGGGAGAAGGGCGUCCGAGAGUGGAUCAGAGAGUGAACAGAGCAGUGGUGGUUCACGAAAGGAUCGAGAUUACAAGAGAAGCUCAGUUUUGAGUAAUUUGUUUGGCCGACGAAAGAAGCCAUCUCAGUCGUAGCAUUCUACCUGAUAAAUGAUGAUUACAUUUGUGUACUUACAAUUGAAGAGGACAAAGACAAAAUUCAUCACAAUUGAAGGAAAUAAUGAAGGAUAUAUGUUACAAUAAUGAAUCCCAAACAUUUUUAUAUAAUCUACUAUUACUUUAUUUAUGAAUAACUGAGGAAAGAAAAUAAUAAGUUUCGUGUAUAAUCAAAGAAAAAAUCCGAGCAGGUGACUACAAAUGCAAUUAUUAUUGUUAAUUUGUUUUUUAUUGAAUGGUUUGUGAUGUACCUGACCUCGGAACCGGAAACCAGAGCUUGAGAUGGGACCAAGUUUGAUAUACAAUGAGUGAAUUAAAUAGAUUGAUGGGAAGAAAAAUGAAAACAUGAGUUUAUUUGUAGAUGACCUAAUAUAAUUCUCACGCCGUGAACCGUUACGAAUGUUUAUAUAUAUAUAUAUAGAUUCUGAGAUUCCUAUAUAUUCGGUACCAAUGAACAAUAUUUACUAUAAAUCAUCUCAAUUUUGUAUAACCCGUGUAAUGAGACGAAUAUAUGAAUAUAGAUAUGUAUACAUUUAUUUUUUUGAGAAAAAAAAGAGAAGAAACUUGGUAUUAAGCAUGUACAAUAUUUCUAGUUUAUUAACUGAUACGGUUUAUUGUAGAAAAAUAUGACACGCAUGAAAUGAAAUGAAAAGAAAUAAAACAUUCCACUUUGGAGA